GGCUCCUUAGGUCUUCUCAGUGAUACGGUACACAUGUUCUUCGAUUGUCUUGGGCUGAUCGUUGGCCUUGGUGCUGCCGUCGCGUCCAAGUGGCCUACCAGCCCUGGAAUGCCGUAUGGCUGGGGCAAGCUGAACACUCUUGCUGGAUUCGGUAAUGGCAUCUUUCUCAUGCUUGUCAGUACUGAGUUUGUCUGGGAGGCCAUGGAAGGAAUCGCCGAGCAGAAAGAGCUGCGACACGUUCAAGAAUUGCUCGUAGUCAGCACUCUUGGCUUCCUUGUGAACAUGGUUGGCUUGUUCGCCUUUGGACACGCUCAUGCCGGCCACGAUCAUGGACAUGGACAUGGGCACUCUCACGAUCAUGCACACGAGCAUCCACACGAGCAUUCACACGAGCAUUCACACAGUCACGCUCAGGAUCAUUCACAAUCGCACUCACACUCACACAGCCAUGAGAACUCCCUCGACCAACAUCACAGCCAUGGCCAUUCUCACGCGCACGCGCGGCAUACUUCUGUGACAUCCAUACAUAGUCACAAGAGCUCAAAUGGUACCAACGGCGACAUACAUGGAUACUGCGACCACACACAUGACAAGGCAGCCCCUAGUCACGACCACGCUCAUGAUCAUCGCAACGAUAACAUGCACGGCAUCUUCCUUCACGUGGCAGCAGAUGCUGGAGGAUCGGCAGCUGUCAUCAUCAGCACUGCUCUGACGCUAUGGAAGCCGUGGUAUCUCUGGGACCCUCUGGCUACCAUCCUCAUCGCCAUACUCAUCUUCGCGGCCGCUGUACCCUUAGUAGUCUCAUCAGGGCAGAAACUCCUACUGGUCAUUCCAGACCAGCUUGAGUACAGCAUCAAGAAUACAUUGCAGGAGCUCGGCGAAAUGCGAGGCGUUGUUGGAUAUGCCGUUCCUCGAUUCUGGAUAGAUGACAAAGAGGACACCGACUCGCAUGGGCACCAUCAUCAUGGACAUGACCACGGCGGCGGUGGUGGCUCUUCCACCGUGCAAGGCGUCAUACAUAUCAUUGCGAACCCUGCUGCAGAUGUAGAUGAUGUGCGGCAUAGGGUGGACGAGUUCCUGAAGCAUCGACAAAUGAAUUGUGUCAUCCAUGUCGAGCGAGAAGGAGAUCAUUCUUGCUGGUGUGGAGGUGGACCGGGCAGUCGAUGA